GAGUGCAUCGCUUCUAGUCGGAAAGCACUACGACUCGCUAAAGACAUGACUCCCAACAUCAUUGCAGAGGCUGCGCAGCCUUUCCCCUCAAGGUCCACCGUGGCCCAGAGGAAAGAAGCAAACGAACUGAGAAAGACUCUCAAGCCAUUGUUGGAAAAGAAAAGGCGCGCCCGCAUCAACGACAGCCUUGGUCACUUGAAAACUCUCAUCCUACCUCUGGUGGGCAAAGAUAACGCUCCCUAUUCGAAGCUUGAGAAAGCCGAUAUACUGGAAAUGACAGUCCGAUUCCUCCGAGAUCUCCCUUCAUCCCCAGUAAAAAGUUCCUCAGACAGCUACAAAGAAGGGUACAAAGCCUGCUUGCAGCGCGUUACCGCACUGCUGCCUAAGAUGAACAUGGACAAAGAUGCGUGCCAGAGUGUGAACGACUUCAUUCUGCAGUCAAUGUCUGCUUCGGUCACCCCUGCCUGUCAGAACUGUUGCGCCCAGAGCUCCAGGGCUUUCCCCCAUAUUCAGCAAAGGCUCCUGAGCCUUAAAGCCAAUGUUGGUUCCAGAAUCGAAAACCAGUCGAACUCACUUUCCAACCGACCCCAACCAGUGCCACAAGCUGUCAAUGCUAACAUGUGGAGACCCUGGUAGAUAAAACAGAGUCUCUCUUUGCAUUGUUUCGUGAAUUAUCUUAAUGUAUUGUUAUGAUGUAUCUUUAUGUGUAUAUUAUUUAUUUAAUUUGUACCCCAGGAGAGAACUAAUGUUAAUGCUGUUAGAUAUUAACUGGGAGUGAUGAUGAAGUUAUUAGGCCUACAUAAUUGGCUAUUGUAUUAUUCACUGAAAAGCCAGGUGAGCACAGAUCUUAUAAGGUAACAUAUUCUAUGAACUUUGUUAGCCUAAAUGCAAUCCUCUUUGGGGUUUCCAAGAUUUGGGUUGUAGACAACACAAUUGUAAAACCCCAAGGGUUAUUUUGUUUGAGGUUUGCACUAUUGACUUAAGUAUUUUUGGUCUGUGCAAAGAACUAGAUGGUAAACACUGUGUGUUAUAGUAAUGUAAUCUAUACGAAAAAUAAUAAUUUUGUUAAUGAGGCCUAUGACUCUUCAAAUAUU